CUUCUCCUCUGUUGCGACUCGAGGCUUUGGCUUGUGUCGAGUCCGGACGCAGAGGCUCAUAAGCAGCUCAUAAGCAGCUCAUAAGCACAUCUGUUCCUCGUUAUUAAGUUUCUCGGAGCGCUUCUGACCGCGUCGGCUUUCCUGCGCUCACGCAGCCGGAGCUCCAGAGAGACGGUGGAUGUUAAACCCGACUGCUGAUUCAUUUCUGACAUUCAUCUGAACACGCAGUAGGUCCACGGACCUCGCCGUCGUCCUGUGCCUCGUUUCCCCCUGAUGUUGAAGUCAUCGUGUGCGGCUCUUGAUGAAAAUUUCCCCGACAGUUCUCCCGGGUAGAGAAACGACACCGCCGCGGCUUUCAUGGCGCUCAGUUCUCCAUGAGUCCAUUUCUGAUUUCGUCCAUGAUCCGGAUGAGCUUCUCCAGAGCCGCUGCUUCUUCAUGCAUGUGAUCUGAUUCAUUCCACCGCUGCUGCAGGGUGUUGAUGGAGAGCGUUUCGAAUGACAGCCGGGACAGUGGUCAUCACAGGCGGGAUUCUAGCUACAGUAAUCUUACUGUGCAUCAUUGCAGUACUGUGCUACUGUAGACUGCAGUAUUAUUGCUGUAAGAAGGAGGAGUCCGAGUCGGAGGAGGAGGAGCCUGACUUUGCCGUGACGUCUCGUCUGCCGCCCAUACACUCCAACCACAACAUCCUGGCUCCUGCCGUCCCCGCGGCACCCACCCCCAACGGGCCGGCCCUGUUCACGCCCCCUCCGCCGGCGCGCAAGCUGACCCGCUCGCAGACGUUCUGCCCGUCCUGCACGCACUACGACAUGCCCUUCUACCUGCAGCAGCCUGACGGCCUGAGGAACGGCGGCGAGCGUCUGAGCUUCCGCAGCUUCCAGGAGCAUGACCUGGACCUGCCCACGCCGCUGCCCACGCCGCUCCCCAACUACCACAAGCUCAACCUGAACCGCUCCGUCACCAUGAGACAGAUGUUCACACGCAGCUGCAGCAUCAGCACCGACGUCUAGCGCACGGACAGCUUCUGACCUGCGCCCCCUGCAGGCCUGGGAGGUCCAGACACAGGCCAAUAUGGACGCUCGAUUGGAGCUCGGGCUCGCCGGACGCUCGACGCAGCGUAAUAAAGUUUUACUACACAAACAGACGAGAUGAAAAGGUCCGAAGAUUAAAUGUUUAAAAAAAAAACGAUCAAAUGAAAUAUUGCCGUUUGGGGAAGUGAAGAAAAAAGAAAAAAAAAAGGGCUUGGGAGAGUUUUAUUUCAUUAAAGAAGAGGGAAACGGUCGACAUCAUUUUGUUUUGUACAUACAACUGAACUCGUCAUUUUUGUAUCGUCUGUGUGUGUGUGUGUGUGAGCGUGCGUGUGCGUGUGUGUGUGUGAGGAUUAGAAGUGAUGGUUGAUAGUUUGUCAAGAUUAUACCGUAAAAUAAGAAUGAAAAAAAAACCUAUAUAUCAACCAACCGAAGAGAAAACACAAGCUCUAGUUUGGGCUGCAAUAAAAUAUUUGAAAUAAAUGUAAUGUAAAAAAACAAAACAGAAGAAAAACAGACUUUCAUUUUGAAUUUCUUCGAUUCCCAUGACCGCGUGUUCAUCCAGAAACAGAUAGAUGUUUUUAUCUUUCUCUUAUUAGAAAGUAUUUCUUCUAUUUCUGUUGAAUAAUGCACUGUUUAUCCGGAACAUUUUCAUCUUUCCUUCAUGAAGAGGAGCGCGAGGUCGGCGAGGUCGCGGGAAUUACCGAAAGACUCGAGAACGCAGCGUGAAGAUUUAACGCAGCUUGGACUCGGAUUAUAACGGCCAGUCGCUCUUUCUGAAACUCGGACGGACUGAAAUCGGUUUAUUAUGAGCGGGACUGUGCGUGUUGCUCUUCUUUCGACAGUACUCAUAUAAAAGACAAAAUUAUUGACUUAUUCUUCUGAAUUAUUUUGUAUAAAGGCCCUGAGUUACAGAAACAAGUCGUUUUUAAUAUUUCUUAUUUAUUCUUUUCAGGUUCAACAGUGAGAUUUUGUCAUAAUGGUGACUAUCUGACUUUUGCAAGCACCAUGUAGUCGUACUGGGUGUCCUUUCUCUCUCUCUCUCUCUCUCUCUCUCUCUCUCUCUCUCUCUCUCUCUCUCUCUCUCUCUCUCUCUCUCUCUGUCACACACACACACACACACACACACUCUCUCGCUCUCUCUCGGCCAAGUGAGACAAGCAAGUGCAAUGAAUUUAGGAGAAAUUAGUAAGUAUUAGAAAUUAUUAUUAUUAUUAUUAUUAUUAUUAUUAUUAUUAUGUAUAAUCAUUGCUGCACAUUACUGCUAUUUUUGGGUUUCAUGUUCCUGAAGUGAUGUCACGUUUUAACCUGUACAACUAUUAACACAAUGUUGAUAAUAAACCUGGAGAAAAUCUGA